GACAACAUGGAGGUGACGGCGCUCUGCUUCUCACUGUCGAUGCUUGAAUUCAUUCUGAAAAGCGCUGGAGCUGUGAUCCUGCAGAGUCCUGUCCUCCCUGUGAUGGAGGGAGAGGCUGUGACUCUGAGCUGCAGGAACAAGACGACGUCCUCCAGCCUCACAGCUGACUUCUAUAAAGAUGGCUCCUUCAUGGAGAAGAGCUCUACAGGAAACCUGACCCUGCACAGUGUGUCCAGGUCUGAUGAAGGACUCUACAGCUGCAGCAUCUCUGGUGAUGGAGAGUCACCACAGAGCCGGCUGACUGUCAGAGAAAAUGCUGUUUCUAUCACCCCUGCCCCCCCUCCUGAAGGGCCCCACUCCGAAGCCCGCGGCGGCCCCCACCUGUUCACCCUGCUGUGCAGCGCUGUCACAGUCUUCCUGUUGGCUCUGCUGCUGCUGGGAGUCCUUCGCAUCAGGAAACACGCAGUUUCCUCGAAGUCAGCAGCUGCAGCGUCAAGCUCAGACGAGGACGCUCAGAACGAGGACGGUGACCUGGACACAGUGACGUACGCCAUCAUCACUAAACCCAGACAGAACGAAGGAUGCGGAUCAUCCUCGGUGAGUCGCAGCGCAGAGAUAGACUGCAGGUCCACAGAGCAGGAGGUUGUGUACGCCUUGGUGCAGAAGGUAACACCUCCCACACCACAGCUGUGCUCCGACAGCUGGAGCCCAGAACACAGACUGAACGUUAGCCGCUGUGCAUGA